CGCAGCUUUCAGUUCUCUAAAGUUUUCGCCGUACCCCACUCUGUCUCUAAAUUUAUCCCAAUUCUUCCUUUAUUCCCCUUAUAAUUUUCUUGGUUCUUUCCGUUUGAUUUCCCCCACUUCGCAUUUCUCUCAUAUUUUUUCCCCUAAAUUUCAUAACCGGUGGAUUAUUUAGCAAAGGAAUCAUUUUUUAGAUUUUUUUGCCAUAUUCGUUGUAAGAAAUUGCUAUUUUUGGUAAGAUAUUUUUCAGGAUCAAAGAAGUACAAGGAUUGAAUUUUCUCGGUGAGUUGGUUUGGAUGGAGGAAAUUGAAGAACUGGCGUGUUGGCCUACAACAGCGUCAUGGGGUAAGGGUACGACCUAUUCAAUGUCCUUGGAUGCGUCGUGGUGUCGGCUCUCUCUUUAAUUCAUGGGUCUUGGAAUCCGUAUUAAUUCCGGCAGGUUGGGAGGGUGGAGGAGAAUCCUCAUUUCGGCUCGACUUGGUGUGGGGUGUGGGAGAUUCUGGUGAAUUUUCUUUCUUCUUUGCCAUUUGGGAGGCUUUGCAAGGGAUGGAUUUUGGGAAUCUUUAGGGACGGGGGGUUUUGGAACGGGUUUGUGGUUGUGAAGUGUUUUUCGUGUUUCUGGAUUCUGAGUUUUAGGGUUGAAAUUCAUGGGUUUUAUGCUUUGUUUGGAUUGGUGGUACAUGAGAAAGUAAUAGGCUUUCGGAUGGUUUUUUGGCGUUUUUUCCCCUUGUGAAAUAAAAGAAGGUUUUUUGGUGGAGUUUGGGAAGCAACGCUGUGAUCUCUUUGAAAAUCUAUUCCAAGCAGAAUUUUCUAGUGCAAGGUUGUAAUUAUUCGUCCGUUCCGGUUUCUUUGAUUGGAGCGUAAUGUUCUGGUUGUUUAGUUUUGAAGGAGCAAGCUUUCGUGAUUAGUCUCUUUGGUGGGGUUAAAUUGUUCAUUUCGGAUUUGAUCUUCUGCCUCUUCUUCUUUCUCUCUUUACGUCCUUUUUUUUCAAAAAAAAAAUAUGUGGGGCUGGCCAUGUUUGCCAAACUGAUUAUUGUUUUUGUACGUUUUGGUGCAUAGAAGAGUAGGUUUGGUGGGGUUUUGUGUGGGAUUUUUUUUAGCUGAUGGUGCACCUUUGAGGGGAGCGAAUUUGGUAAUUUUAUUGUGAGUCCAUGCACAUCUGCUUGUGACAGCAGGAGUUUUGAAUUCGAUGAUCUUGGUUUUCUCAUCCUUUGAAAACUUUAUUGGGCUUGGAGUUUCUCUGUACUAGGAAAAAUAUUUUCUUUCUUUUCCUUGUUUUUUCCCCUAGGUGGGGUGGUGUCUUUUGGGAGAGGGUAAUCUCUGCAGUAACAAUAAUGCAGUGAUCUCUUUUAGUCGUUUUAGUGUUGAACACUAAAAUUAAGUAGCUUCCCUGUUAGUCCUUCUUCGUUUGGAUAUGACAUCUAAAGACAGCUGAGAUAUGAUGGUGAAGAGAGUCCUGUUUAUGAUUAAGCAGCAUGCAUGGUAGGAAACGGAACAAGGGGCAAUCAAUCUUCAAUAGAUUGGUGCCACGAAACAAAAUGAAGUGCUUGUUUUCCGGGGAACAAUUGAGAAUGAAUGACAUGAUUCGGUCAUCUGAGUCUAUGUCCACCAAAGACUGCUCAGCCAGUGGGUAUUCUUCUCAAAAUGUUGAGUGUGAGCAGAGGCUUGACACUGGCAACAUAGAAGAAGCUGAAUCUUCUCUUCGUGAUGGCGUAUGUCUGAACUAUGAGGAAGCGAGAGCAUUGCUUGGAAGGUUAGAAUAUCAAAGAGGAAAUAUAGAAGCUGCACUUCGUGUAUUUAAUGGAAUAGACAUUGCUGCAAUAGCUCCUAAGAUGAAAAUAUCCAUUUCUAAAAUUACAAAACGUCACAAGUCUCGUUCCCGCUGGGAUGUGCCACCGAUGUCCAUACAUGCUGUUGGUCUGCUUGUUGAAGCAAUAUACCUUAAAGCAAGAGCACUGCAAGAUCUUGGCAGGUUUAGAGAAGCUGCUCAAACAUGCAACAUUAUUCUGGAUACUGUAGAAUCUGCAUUGCCUGAAGCCUUACCUGAGAAUUUUACUGCUGAUUGCAAAUUACAGGAGACUGUGUGCAAGGCAGCUGAGUUGCUCCCAGAGCUAUGGAAACUGGCUGGCUUCUUGCAUGAAGCCAUCUCAUCAUACCGGAGAGCCCUUCUUAGUCAUUGGAACCUUGAUUCUGAGACUCUUGCAAAGAUACAAAAAGAAUUUGCUAUUUUUCUUCUUUAUGGAGGUUGUGAUGCAAGUCCUUCUAACCUCCGUUCCCACAUGGAUGGUUCUUUUAUACCUAGAAACAACACAGAAGAGGCUAUUCUUCUAUUGAUGAUUCUCCUGAGGAAGUUUUCUCUAAAGAAGGUUGAGUGGGACCCAUCUGCCAUUGAUCACCUCAUUUUUGCUCUGUCUGUAUCUGGCCAGCUGAAUUCUCUAGCCAACCAGAUUGAAGAGUCAUUACCUGAUGUCUCGGAGAGGAAGGAAUGCUAUUAUACCCUUGCAUUAUGUUACUUAGGGGAAGAUGAUAAUUUAACUGCUUUGAACCUACUUAAAAAGUUAUUGAGCGCCAGGGAGGAUCCAAACUGUGUUAAAGCAUUAUUGCUAGCUUCAAAGAUUUGUGGGGAGCACAGUGCUUAUGCAGAAGAAGGUGUUUCUUUUGCACGCAGGGCACUUUCUAAUUUGCAUAAAGGUUGUGAUCAAAUGGACAGUGUUGCCAAUUGUCUGCUGGGUAUUUCUCUUUCAGCUCAGGCUAGAUCUUCUACCUCCGAUUCAGAUAGAGUUUCUAGGCAGGCUGAAGCACUUGUGGUUUUGGAAAAGGCUGAACAAAUGAUGCUUGGAAAAGAUCAUAGGAUCUUAUUUAAUCUCAGCCUAGAAAAUGCUGAGCAGAGGAAGUUGGAUGCAGCACUUCAUUAUGCAAAGCAGCUUUUGAAAAUAGCAGCUGGAUCAAAUGUCAAGGAAUGGAUUCUGUUAGCUCGGAUAUUGUCUGCUCAAAAAAGGUUUAUUGAUGCUGAGACUAUGGUGAAUGCUGCUCUGGAUCAGACUGGCAAAUGGAGCCAGGGAGAGCUAUUGAAAACUAAAGCUAAAGUUCAGAUUGCACAGGGGCAACUGAAGAAUGCAAUCGAAACAUACACUCAUGUUCUUUCCAUUAUUCACCUACAGGCCAAAAGCUCUAGUAUUGUGAUAAAGUCUUCAAAGGGUGGAAAAUGUGACAGAAGUUUGGAAAUGGAGACAUGGCUUGAUCUGGCUAAUGUCUACAUAAGUAUGUCGCAAUGGAGGGAUGCUGAAGUUUGUCUUUCAAAAUUAAAGGGUUUUAGUCCAUUAUCUGCUUUAGGGUGGCAUGCUGCAGGGAAGCUGUAUGAAGCAAAAGGCCUGCAAAAAGAAGCUCUAGGAGCUUAUACCAAAGCACUGGAUUUAGAGCCCAGACACGUUGCAAGCUUGAUCUCUACAGCUACUGUCCUGAGACAGAUUGGUGAUCAGCCAAUGGCUGUUGUGAGAAGUUUCUUGACUGAUGCACUGCGGCUGGACAGAACUAACCAUAUUGCUUGGUUUAAUCUAGGUUUGCUUUAUGAAUCUGAGGGUGGCAGAUCAGUAGUCGAGGCCACUGAAUGUUUUCAGGCUGCUGCUCUUCUUGAAGAGACUGCACCAGUUGAACCAUUCAGAUGACUUCUUAUCUAAUGGAGGAAUUUGUCUCUGUAAGCCAUUGUGUGCCUACAAGGAUAUGUUCAUUUUCUAUAAAAUACUAUCAUAUUGCGGUUCAGAAAUUGUGAUCUGGAAAAUCUGUCAAACUUAAACAUGGUGUGACUUCGAUGUUCAUAGUUGUUUGUACUUUCUGGAAUAAUUAGGCAUUUUUGAGGGCUAACAAA